AUGCGUCAACAAAUCAUCUCUCUGGAACUAACACAAGCAGAACCGGAAUGGUUAGAUCUUGAGAAGGCUGUGGAUAAGACCUGCCGUCUUAUAGUUGAAGCAGCUACGAAUGGAGCAAAGCUCAUUACUUUCCCCGAAUGCUGGAUACCUGGGUGUCGCCCUGUUGAUUUCGAACCGUCUAUAAUAUACAUCAAAAACUCGUUGCAAAUCAACUCUCCUCAGAUGGCCCAAAUUUGUGCUUGUGUAGCUGAAAACAACAUCAAUGUGUCAGUUGGAUUCUCGGAAAAUGACAACAAUUCUAUAUACAUUUCUCAGGUCAUCAUAAGGAACGAUGGCAGAAUUACAAUGGCAAGAAGAAAAUUAAAGCCUACGCACAUGGAGAGGACUGUAUUUGGAGAUGCAUCCGGCAAUUGCCUGAAGAAUGUAGCAGAAGUUCCAGGCAUUGGUAGGUUUGGUGCUCUGGCAUGCUGGGAGCUUGCUCAAUCACUAUUAAAGUAUAAUACAAUACCUCGGAAAGAAGAUUUUCAUGUGGCUGCUUGGCCACCCGUUUUCGAACACGACGGAGGUCCAGGGUUAUGGUCAAUGUCUAAGGAAGCAUUCAUAGAUGUCGGUGAUCAUUAUAGUCGCCCGGAUAUGCUAUGGCUUGGCACCGAUGAUAGAGAAAAGAAAAAUUCUCGGACUCAGGAAGAAUGA